AUGGGUGCAGACAAGUGCCCCAUUUCUGCAUCAAACAUGGUGACAGGGGACUUCCCAGUAGGAACAAUAGUGCUGAAAUUUACAGAGCACACGCCAGUAACAGGUCCCUGUGCCAGUGCAGCCACCUCUAUAUCUCACCUUGAAUGCCUGUAUCUCACGUCUGUGUCCUUCAAUGAGCUCAAGGUGAUAUACAUGCUUCUUUCCCGCUUCUGUCAGAGACUAGUUCAGGGUUACCCAUGGGCCCUUUCUCAUGGCACGGCUAGGGCCAGGGGGUACGGCCAUGCGCCUCCCCCCGGCGCUGUCUUCCAUCGCUUUGGUGCUUUUGGAGGCUCUCAUCCCAAAGAGGAAGGAGCGCUGCGGCAAAGAAAUAACGGGCUCGACACUUCCGAUCCCGUUGGGCUUGCUGGAUUUACCAAAGGUGCUAGCAAAGAAGACUUAGAUGACAUAAUCAAAGAUAUAUUUGAUGAAAAGAGCUAUGUCCAAAAUUGUGUGAAACAAACAUCUAACUUGUCCAGCCCUGCAUCUGAAAAAAAUAUUACCACUAUUCAAGCCUAUGGUAAAAGAUGUUGCCCGGUGUACCUUGGCGGGAGCGCGGCACCAUAUGGUAUUGGAACAAGUAUAUCACAGAGAACCUGUGAUCAGUUACGUUGUACUGCAUGUGACUUCCGUGUUUCACAUUAUGAUGACUAUCAGUGGGAUAAAUCAUGUGAUUAUCUCUUUUUCAGGAAUAAUAUGCCUGAGUUCAGCAAGUUGAGAAGAAAGAUGCUAAUAAAGAAGGGAGCACGCGCCUAUGCUUGUCAGUGCACUUGGAGAUCUGUAGAUCAAUUAACAGAUCUCUCUACAGACAGACAACUACGUUGGGUUUGUAGCAAACACACUGAGUGAUUUCGUCUUCCACAGCCAAACACCUACUUCACUCUGAAGACUGUCUUCCUUCUUGGCAUUGUUGUAUGUAAAUCAAGUAUGUUUUUUGUACAAUUAGAUCUUGUUGCUAUUCUAAAUAUAAAUAGAGCACUCUGCCUUGUCUGCAGUUUCUUUGUGAACUAACCAAACUGGGAUGAAUUGCAAGCUGAGGUUCUGCUGCCUGGAGAACCAGGUUGGCAAAAUCAUCUUAGCCUAGCAUUACACAUGGCAAUAUUCAUAAAUGUCUUGGCAUUUAACAGUCCUCUCCACUAAAUACCAGCAAAAGAUAGGUUAAAGCUGAAAGGAAAUGAAGGCAAUGUCAUAGAAUGCAUCUCAAACCUGAAAGAGAAACAUACAAGCAGUAACAUAUAACCAAGCUAAUGCUUUGACUGGAGCGAUUUUUAUGAUUAGUCUAUUGUAAAAAUCUGUUGUAGAGUCUGAAACACAAAAUUGUUGAGCAUUGUUAUAUUACACUGAGGAUUUUAACAGUAUGGUACAGAUGGUUUAAUACAGCUUCUAGCUUUCUGCUAAUGUGUGUGGAACCCAUAGUUGAAUUAGUAUUGUUUUAAAGCAAUAUUAGAAGCACAAACCAUGAAGCUUGUAGCUUAAGCAAGCACCAGCAACAGUAUCAGCAGUGAUGAGAUUAGGAGACAUGGCAGUGCCAGAAUUCUAAAAGGCACUAAAUUCUAAAAUUCUAAAUUGUAAAAUUGCAAAGGAGAUAUUUAGGCUACAACUUUAAUAACCUUUUACCAGGGAAUAUGCACCACUGGAGACAGUGAUACUUGUCUACAAGUGAACAUGAAUUGAACUGAAUUGUUUAUGCCUUUCUAUACUGUCAUCUUGUUUAUGGCUGCAGUUCUAGAUGCAAGUCCUACUCAACUAAGUAGCAGUUGCUUCAAAAUAAAAUGUCUAUGAUUCAGCUGUCCAAAGCUUUUCUUGUAAAACAGGAGUAGGCAACUGUACAGUGGGCAAAUGUUUACCCUGUAAGAACUCCAGUGGCUGCACUAGUGCAUCAGUUGAAAACUAGAAGUAAUGAGGAGGGGGGGCAACCUUAAGUCAAGAAAGCAAUAUCUCUGCAUUUGCAAGUGGUUUUCUUGCAUUUUACUCUUUUAACAGGUGAAAAUUUUCAGAAGAGUCAGAUUGAAAGGAUGGUAAUUCAAGGGCUGUGAACAACCCACAGCUUGCACUUUCCCCAUCCAUAAUGUGAAGGAGCUAAAUUAUUUUCUGAAACAAUAUUUUGAAUUGAUGGUAUCAUUUAUAGGGGAGAAUUGUAUGCAUGAUAUUCAGUGGAAAGUUUUUUCAUCCCUAGCAAGCACUGAAGCAUUUAAAAUAAUCCAAACUAGUCAGAUAUUCACACUGUGUUGUUUAAAUCUUUAUAUGAAAAUAUCAGAUAUAACCAAGGUUAGCUGGCCUCUUACUUUCCCUAAUUAUCUUUUGCAGAAAACCCCCCACAUUAUGAUAGUUAUUGUAUUGUAUUGUUUUAAUUGACUAUAAUAUAAUUAUAAUUAUAUUAUAUAUAUAUGAUUCUUGUCUGUGUGGUUGUUGUUUUUUUCAACCUUUAAUGUUAAGCAAUACACUAUUAGGGUUCGUUUUUUUGUUUUGUUUUUUAUGUACCAUGAAACGUUGAAAAGUGCUCUCUGUCUUAAAUAACUGGAACAAACCAGAAAUAAGCAGCUUGAUAAGAAAGCAUAUGAGAAAAAGCAAAUGUUGCUCUUUAUGGUGAUCUCAAACCAGAACUUGGGAGAUAUUUAGGACUACAAUUCUCACAGUUCACCAGCCAGCAUGCACACUGUCUGGAAAAUUCGGCAUACUGUAGUCCAAAAAGUAACUUUUCUAAGUUCAGUCUUGGACCAAUUACAUACUGUACAAGCAAGUUUAAUUUAUUGCAGUUUAUUUUCAUUCCAUGUAACCUUGUUAGAACUGGAGUAUAAAUAGUUUUGAUAUGUUUCUUUUAAAUAAAAAUUUGAAAGUAAA